AUGAGACUACUGUGGUUACGAGCAUGGCUAGCCUUUGCAGCCUCUACAAAUCCACUCAUCGCUGGGUUCAUCCGCUUUGAGCGCGAUAGUUUCCCCAAUAAUGACGAACCGAUCGUGCCACACGUUGAGGCACCCACCGCGACGGACAUGAGCACCGCCGUUAUGAAGACCUUCAGCAGCUUAGGAGACAAUGAGCAGUAUAGCACAGGCACGGGAGGCCUGUCGGGCUGCACUAUAAUGUACAUCAUUAGCCGCAAGGGGGUAUAUGCUACGCACUGGUGGGAAAACAUGUCCUUCUCACCUGAUGAAAUCUGGCGGGAGCCUGUGACCCAAACGGACAGAGAACUAUUCCAAAGCACCGUUUUUAACAUGUUGACAAGUGGAGGGAGAUUCCACCCCAAACUAGAUGCGGAGCUUAUUAAGGAAGACGGGAUCCAGGCCUACCUCAUAUACCCGAAGCGGACUUUUGCCAAGGGAGCAGGUGAUGAGAUCCAGACCACCGUCGGCAGGCUUGUACCAACGCUGCAAGAUCAAUCACGCUGGACAGACAUGCCCGGAACCCAUGGAAAGAACCUCUUCAAAUACGACCCAGCUCGUAAGCUCGGGGGAGGCCAGACGCAGCAUUUAGCUAUGCUAUGGGCUGAAAAUGAAAAGGAGGCGUACCAUCACGACCAAUGGUGA